AUGGCUUUUCGAGGGAGUUCGGAUAAACUGUUUACGCCUCAAAACGGCAAAUUCUUAGGACUAAUACAGAUGCUUGCAAAAUUUGAUCCUGUGAUGCAAAAGCAUUUAGCACUUGCAAUAAAAGGUGACACUUCAGACCAUUAUUGCGGGAAAAAUAUUCAAAAUGAGUUAAUAGAUUUAAUGUCUCAAAAGGUUAAUGAUGAAAUAAUAAACCGAGUCUUGAAAGCCGUUUACUAUUCAAUCAUUGCUGAUUGUACACCUGAUAUUUCUAGAAAAGAACAACUUUCUCUUACUAUUCGAAUUGUUGACUUGUCAUUAGACAUUAGAGUGGAAAUUAAAGAGUACUUUUUAGGAUUCUUUUCUGUUUCUGAUUCUACAGGCUUAGGACUUACUGAGGUUUUAAUCGAGUUGCUAACUAAGCAUGGACUUGAAAUCUCUAAUUGCAGAGGUCAAGGGUAUGAUAAUGGAUCAAAUAUGAAAGGAAAGAUUAAUGGUGUACAAAAAAGAAUUUUAAAUCUUAAUCCUUUAGCAUUAUAUGUUCCUUGCGGCAACCAUAGCUUAAAUUUGGUAAUAAGUGACUCUACACGGUCUUCAGUAAAAUCUAUAGCUUUUUUCGUUGGUGAUGUACAUGACGCUUUGAUGGCAUUGUCAGAAAUUGAAGGAUGUAAUCCUGAAACUGCACAUGAAGCGAUAACUCUAGGAGAGCAAUUAAAAGAUUUUAGCUUUCUUGUCUCUUUAAUUGUCUGGUAUGACGUUCUUUUUCAAGUCAAUAUUGUUAGUAAAACUCUUCAAGAAAAAGACAUGGACAUCACUCAAUGUGCAAAGUUAUUGAAAAGCUGUUGUUUAUUUUUAGAAAACUAUAGAAAAUGUGGUUUUAAAGAUGCAAUUAUAAAAGCAAAGGAUUUGGCUAUAGAAUUACAAGUGGAGCCUGUUUUUAAACCACUUAAAAGAAUAAUACGAGUGAAACGCCAUUUUGACAAACCAGCCCAAGAUGGGAUUUAUUUAUUUUCUCCUAAAAAAAAAUUAGAAAUCGAUUUCUUCAAUCCUCUUUUAGACACAUCUUUAAUUUCAAUGAGAGAAAGAUUUAUACAGUUGGAGAAUUAUUCCGAAGUUUAG